CACACCGCCGCACGGUGGGGCCGGCGGCGCGGUGUGCCGGGUAAAAACCGGUGCUGCCGCCGGCGGCGGCGCGGGUCGCCGCGCGGUCGACCCUCAGUCGAGGCGCCGCGCUCGCCGGUGCAGUGUGGCAGUGCGCGAGGUGCGCCGGGAGUGAAUCCAGUGCGUCACGACCGCCGUCAAGCUGGAUGUGAGGGUGUUGUAGGCACGUGAGCGACCAUGGACUCGAAUGGCAGCCGGCGCGAGUUUAGGACGGAGCCGUUUGAACACUACUAUGACAUAUUCGAGGAACUCGGCAGCGGCCAGUUCGCCGUGGUGCGCCGCUGUCGGGAGAAGUCGUCUGCCACCGAGUUCGCCGCCAAGUUCAUUAGGAAGCGUCGCGUGGCCUCGUCGAGACGCGGCCAGCCGAUGGCAGAUAUCGAACAGGAGGUGGACCUGCUGAUGCAGAUGGCGCACCAGAACGUCAUCAGUCUGCACGACGUCUUCGACAACGACGUCUACGUCAUCCUCGUCCUCGAGCUCGUCCGCGGCGGAGAGCUCUUCGAGUUUGUCACGGAGAAGGAGCGACUCAGCGAAGCAGAGGCUUCAUUCUUCAUCAAACAGAUUCUCAGCGGUUUGGAGCACAUGCACUCCAAGCGGAUAGCGCAUCUCGAUCUGAAGCCCGAGAACGUGAUGCUGCUCACCAGAAAACACCAGCAGAUCAAGCUGAUCGACUUCGGUCUCAGCAAAAAGAUCGAGCCUGGUCAGGAGCAGCGGCAUAUGCUCGGAACGCCGGAGUUCGUGGCACCGGAGAUCGUCAACUACGAGCCUCUGUGCCUGGCCUGUGAUAUGUGGGCGGUCGGAGUCAUCACCUAUAUCUUGCUCUCCGGGGCGUCUCCGUUUCUGGGAGACACUCAGCAGGAGACAUUUGCCAACAUCGUGGCCUGCGACUACUACUUCGACGAGGAGUACUUCGGCGGCACGUCCGAGUCGGCCAAGGACUUCAUCUCUCGUCUGUUUGUCAGGGACCCCAGGCGGCGUGCGGACGUUCAGGAGUGUCUGCGACAUCCCUGGAUCGAGCCACGAGGAAAGGAAGAGAAGGCAGAACAGCGAGAGAAGGAGGUCAACAUCGACAACCUGAAAAACUACCAGGCUCGCAGACGCUGGAAGCACUCGCUGCGAGUGGUGUCGCUCUGUAACCGGCUGUCGCGCAGCGCCAAGCUCCGCAGUCGCAGUCAGAGUAUGGAGAUGCUGGACGAGAGGGCCGAGCAGCCGGAGCAGCCGCCGACUGCCUCCUCCACGCCGGCCAUCAACGACCUGGCAGUGGCCGCAUAUCAGAACCCUGUGGACGGAGACGAUCUCCCUGCGCUGGAAGAAGCCGCGGCGUAUCCACUAGCUCCUGAAGCAUCGUUUGGCACCUCUCCUUCCAUUGAUGUCGUAGGCGUUACUUCUAAACUGUUGUCUUCUCCGUAUGUUAAGUCAACCGUUGUGACGGAUGACCCAAAGUUUGGCGCGCCGGUCGAUGCAGCCCCGGCUGUUUGUGCUCGUGCAGAGUCCAGCGUCGACCCCCGGUUGGGUGAGGCUGAAAUAAGGCAACAAAUUGGCCACCAGGGUGCCGUGCAGGAUAUUGACACCUUGAUGAGUUUACAGCCGGGCGAUCCGAGCCGGCGCGCCGGUGAGACACUGGAGAUUGGAUUACCGGCUGAGGAGAAACAAGUGAAACAUCAAGAGGUGGCCUCGACCGAGGACACUGUGGCUAGUGACCAAUGCCAAAGGACAGAUGAAGCUGUAGAAAGCCGAACAGAACAUAAAUCAGAACAUUCUCCUCCUGCACUUGGGAAUGAAGAUAAAAACGUCGAUCCUGAAUACACACCAACAGCUGUCAAAGAGCACGAGGUUCCUUCCAGUCCUUCUACCGACACUCAACCCAUUGGGGGAGAGGGUAUGGACAACUUAGCAGCACCAGAUAUGGAUACAAAAGAAGCUCGCGUAGAGGCAUUGGAAGAUGAAUCUGUGACAUCAAGAGACGUGACGGCCCGGCCGGUUUCCGCUAGCGACGGGCCUGAGAAACUUCAGCUCUCUGAACUUCACACUGAUAAUGAAGCGCCCGCAACCGCUGACACAAAUAACCAGCUGGGACAAUCUAGUCCCUUGUUUGAUGAGUCUCCAGUAAAGACAAACAGCGCACAAUGUGACAGAAGUGGGGACAUUAUGACUCACCAAAAACAAAAAAAUGUAGGAUCGACGGUCGGUGGACCCAGCACACAUUCUUCAACGAUAAAUGCUUGCGGACAAAACGACGAAUGUGAAGGUUUGCUUAACUCGGCAAAACUGAUUGAAGACAAGCCAGGGAGUUUGGUGGUGCCCAGCAUGCCAACAUCUCUGGGAGGAGACAGUAUUGAAUAUCCGGGUAAAUUGAAGGUUGAUGCGUCUCCCCAUUUGCACAAUGAAGCAAUUAUGGAUACGCCGUCCUCCGGUAUGUCAUCACAGUCGACCCACGCUGAAGCUAUUGUUGGAGAGUCGGAACAAUUAACCGAGCAGGAACUGCAUCGGAAUCGUUCAGCUCCGCCUCUCCGAGAGCCGGCGUUUAUUUCCAGCGCUACUGAUGGCUGGAAUGAAUCGAUACUAGCUCUCGACUACGCCAAUUUGGCAGGUGACUUCGAUGAUACAGUUGUCAAAGAAUCUGCCGGGCUGAACUUUUCAGUAGCGGGCACUUCUCCCGCUCCAGUGGAAAAGAAUGUUCAAGAUGAAAUGCCGGACAGUUCGGACGGCACGACACCGCCUGGCCUCGAUGAAAUGGCCGACGUACUAUUACGCCCCCGUCAGCCGUCAAACACUCCUCUGCCAGGGCAGCUGUCUCACAUAUUGGAAUCGACUCACAAUCAAGAGACUGGAUCAGAUCACCUAAAUAACUUUGCAUCAACCAAAGAAGAGCAAGAUUCAUCAAAGAUGCAAAUGAAACAGCAAUCAAAUGCGUGCUCAGCAGAGCUUUCCCAAACUGAUCCGAAUUCCAAUCGGGUGUCCAACCUGCUAGAGGAAGAGCCUAAGGCAGGAGAAUUGGCUGAGAUUCCUCUGAAAAUGAAUGAGCUACCAAAUGUUCGAUCAGACCCACAAGCUGCACCUGAACUACCCAACGCGAAUGGCUCGUCCACGCUCUCAAAAGGCUUGGACGAACGAUGUUCCGAAACGGCCAUUUCGGAAGACAAGAUGGAGUCAGCGACCUCGUCCUCGAUUGUGUCUCGACCUCGUGCCCCAAUCGUUCCGCCCGAGUUGCCGGCCUCCGAUGGGGUGUACCACCCUGCUGAACCACUGAAUUCUUCCAGUGCAUCAGCUGAACCUGCUGACCUGUCCGCCGAUGCUGCCUCAGGCCAGCAACAGAACCCUUCCACCCCAGCCCAGGUGGAACAGACCUCUUCAGCUACUCCCACGCAGGCUCAGAUGUUAUUCAUGUUCAAGGCCAGCGGGGACGUUCGGCAUCUCUAUCGAAAGGACUGAUUUCAUUGACCUUUUUGUAGGUCAGUGAGUUAUAAAAGCAAUAACUUUCUCCCCAAUUCACUUAGUUUAAAAAUGAAGACACACUUAUUUCUUCACACAAAAAAAGAAUCACUUGACACUAAUUCACUUCUUCGCUAUUCACCACUUCAGUAGGUGCUGUAGUUAUAUGGUUAAAAUGCUGUUAUAUAUAAAAUGCUGUUAUAUGCUAUUAUAGUAGCAUUUCAUGAUCGAUACAGGCGACAAACUUAUCUUCUUUACCAAAUAAAACUAUCGCUGAAAAACUUCAGUAUCCGGAUUCGAGUCUUAAGUUGAUUUCGCGAAUCAAUUAGUGGAAGCUUAUCGCUUAUUCUCUACUUAAAAAUCCAUCUCCGCACUCUCGGCGUUUAACUCCGUCUGAAUAUAUAUCCAAAGAAACUCCAAACUUUUGCAUCCCCAGCGGCUUUUCUGCGUAUGAUGUGACUGUUUGCUGAAUACCUGAUUGUCAGGAUGAAUUCCUGAAAAGGAUGUGUUAUAUAAGAAGCGGUUCCCUGAAUUCGAACUUUCCUUGCAGGUCCCUAGGCCACUUCUGGUGGAAGCUCGAACUGAAAGCGCAAAGUCAGAAUUAGUUUCCCUUUGGAAAGCGGACUUGGUUCAUGUAAUGUGUGAAAAGUGCAUUGUGAUCGGCCAUUAAAACGCACUUAGCUCGUAUCUAUAGUGAUACUUUUGUAGACUUCUUAGUUCUCACGAUCUCGAGAUCUGAGCUAAAAAAAAAACAUAGAGGUCAUUAAAUUGAAUUAUUCAUUAUUAUACAGUGGUAUCAUGGUGCUUUGUUU